AUGAGAAAGGGAGUGAAAGAUCAACGACAGGACCGUCGAGAGUCGACGUGGAGGAUGGAUGACGAGAAGAGAAGAGGAGGAGGAGAAGGAGAAGAAGGAGGAGAAGAGAGAAUAGGCAAGGUUGUGAGAGGAGUGGAGGAGAAGAGGAAUAAGUUGGACUGGGGGGCGGUCUACAGCACUUUUUGGCCAGAGUAUCAAUACACGCAGAAUACGAAUACGGGCCAACCUCCCUGGGCACAAGUCACCAACUCUAGCGUGGGUAAGGUGCGUAUGGGCGUUAAUCCGCAACAAGGCAGUGAUUGGCAGCCCAGUGUCAGCGAUGGUCAGCAAUGGUUCAUUAUUGGAGCCUUGGGAGAUUCUGACGGCACCACUCCGCCGAGCCCGUCGCAGGACCCCAGUGUCUCCGCUGAUCAAGUGCUUAUCGGGGUUAGGGUAGCCCGCCCCCAGAAAACACUUGGAGCCAAGGGUUGA